AUGGAGGACAGAGCGCCGCUGCUGCCCCGGCGAGCGCUGGCGGCGGCCAAGAGCGGCGGGUGGUGGAGCGGGGCGGCGGCGGCGGCGGAGGCCAGGAAGGUCGCGCACGUGGCGCUGCCGAUGGCGGCCGUGAGCGUGGCGCAGUACGCCGUGCAGGUGGCCUCCAACAUGAUGGUCGGCCACCUCCCCGGGGGCGUGCUGGCGCUCUCCGCCUCCGCCAUCGCCACCUCCCUCGCCUCCGUCUCCGGAUUCAGCCUCCUCAUUGGAAUGUCAAACGGCUUAGAAACUCUGUGUGGUCAAGCUUACGGGGCCGAACAGUACGGCAGAUUGGGAGUGCAAACCUACAGAGCUAUGGUCACCCUGACGGCUGUCAGCAUUCCAAUCUCACUUCUCUGGGUAUUCAUGGGAAAACUCCUGACCCUCAUAGGCCAGGACCCCGUGAUCUCGCAUGAAGCCGGAAGAUACAUAAUGUGGUUGAUUCCGGCCCUCUUUGCAUACGCUGUCAGCCAGCCCCUAACAAAGUUCUUACAGUCUCAGAGUCUGAUAAUCCCUAUGCUUUGGUCCUCCAUUGCAACAUUGCUCUUGCACAUUCCUGUUUGCUGGUUAUUGGUGUUCAAGACCAGCCUUGGGUACAUUGGAGCCGCUUUGGCGAUAAGCGUAUCAUACUGGUUGAACGUCUUCAUGCUUGUUGCGUACAUCGGAUGCUCAAACUCUUGUAAGGAGACAUUCUCGCCUCCUACACUCGAUGCUUUCAGUGGAGUGGGUGUGUUCAUGCGCCUAGCUCUGCCAUCUGCACUAAUGUUAUGUUUUGAAUGGUGGUCAUUUGAGGUCAUUAUUCUUCUGUCUGGACUUCUACCCAAUCCAGAGCUGCAAACUUCAGUUCUGUCUACAUGCAUGACAACAAUCACAUUGAUGUAUACAAUAGCAUAUGGGAUUGGUGCUGCUGGAAGCACUCGUGUAUCAAAUGAAUUAGGUGCUGGGAAUCCUGAAGGUGCUCGACUGGCUGUCCGCGUUGUGAUGUGUAUUGCUGUGACUGAGGCAGUUCUCAUCACUGGGGCACUGUUAGCAUCCCAGCACAUCUUGGGCUAUGCAUACAGCAGUGAUAAGGAGGUUGUUGAUUAUGUCAAUGCAAUGGUUCCCUUCAUCUGCAUCUCAGUUGCUGCUGAUAGCCUACAAGGAGUUCUCUCAGUAUCGCUCGAGGGUGCGGGUCGCAGCACCUGGGCGCCUAUGUUAACCUCGGUUCGUUCUAUCUGUUUGGGAUCCCAAUGUCCCUCCUACUCGGGUUUGUUCUGA